AUGCCACUUAAGCCCCAGUGCCAUCAAAGCCAUCCUCAACAAAUCAACGAGGUGAAGCUAAUAUUUAAGGUCCAGUUUAUAUUUACAUAUAAGAGUUCCAUUAGAUUAGCGUUUGAUCUUGAACUAAUAGUCGCUUCAUUCAACAAUAAGUUAGACGGCAGGUGGGGACCACUUGACAUAGCUGUCGAUCGAGACGGGCAAAUGUGUGCAUGUUGCAUGCACACGUGUUCCCUCGCCAGAGUCCGUGUGGCGUUCCCCCUUUCCCCUGUAUCCCCCUAUAGCCCCACGGUACCCAAUGGGUGCUUAGGCCGUAGGCCGUCGUGGUAGUUGGAGUAUAAAAAAAAAACCACUUUACUGCCGAAUCGUCUACACGUCCUUUUUCAUCAAGACAACCCACGUCCCCAUAUUGCUCGGCGUACUACUUUCUUCACGAAGUAG